AUUCUCUCCUCUCGUCUUUGUAGCCUACUAAUGCAAGUUCAUACAAAACCCUUAAACCCUAAUUCUUUAAUAAUUUUCAAAAUCUUCACUUGUCUAAAAAUUCUCAUUUGUCAAUCAACUAUUUUCAGUUUUAAGGACUUUACGUUCUCUCUGCAGGUUAUCAACAGCCUGUAAAGUAAGAAGAUGGCUCUUUUUAAAAAUGCAAAACGACCACUUAAGAUCUUUCUUUACAACAAACUUAGCACUGCUAGUUACCAUACACAUGGAAACACUACUUGGGCAAACCAUGGGACUCCCAUUUCAAUGUCCACACAAAUCAAGGACUUAUUUUCAAUCAGAUAUGCCAGCCCAAAAUUUGAUUUUUCAUCAACUUCAAGAGAGUUCAGUGAUCAAGCUCAGGCAGCAUCAGAGCAAAUGAAUCUCAUUAAGCAAUUAAGAGAACGAACCAGUGCUCCCAUAAAGGAUGUCAAGUUAGCUCUCGUUGAUUGCAAUUGGAACAUUGAGGAAGCACAGAAAGAGUUAAGGAAAAGAGGGAAGGUUCUAGCAUCAAAAAGGUCAUCCCAGACUGCUACUGAGGGUUUACUUGCUUUAGCACAGAAUGAGGGCAAAGCUGCUGUUAUUGAACUUAACUGUGAGACAGAUUUUGUUGCCAGGAAUGAGAUAUUUCAAUAUUUGGCCUUAUCUUUGGCAAAGCAAGCUUUACUGGCUGAAAAUGUUUCACAGCAGGCUUCUGGAGUCUAUCCUGUUGGGCCUGAGUACUUGGAGGGUUUACAGUUGAAUCUUGAUCAUCCAAAAAUUAGUGGAGAAACAACUGUUCAGAAUGCAAUUACUGAAGUAGCUGCAAUUAUGGGGGAGAAUGUGAAACUGAGAAGGGGUUUUGUGAUGUCUGCAUCUGUACCUGGGGUUGUUUCAACUUACCUCCACACAAGCCCUCAACCAGGAUUGGGUCGUAUUGCUGGACUUCUAUCUCUUGAAGUAGAGGAUGAAAAGUGUCAGCUGGAUCUUUUACAGCGUGUUGGAUCAGAAUUAGCAAUGCAUGUCGUUGCUGCAAAGCCAUUAUUCUUGACAAAGGAACUAGUUUCUUCUGAUGCAUUAGAGAAUGAACGAGAGGUUCUUAAAUCUCAGGCAGAAAGUACAGGAAAGUCUCAGAUGGCUGUAGAAAAAAUGGUGGAAGGUCGUUUGCGUAAAUACUAUGAAGAAGUUGUACUUAUGGAGCAAAAAUUUAUCGUGAAUGAUACUUUACAUAUAAAGACGCUUUUGGAUAAUCUAUUCAAGGAAGUGGGCUCACCUGUGAAGAUUGGGAAUUUUUUCAGAAUGGAAGUAGGAGAAGGAAUUCAGAGGCUAGAAGCAGCCAGUUCAGAUGAACAUGUGGCUCAAGCUGCGUAAUUUGAGAUGAUAAUGGCCCUUCAUAUGCGAAACUCGUAAAGAUAAGAGGUUGCUCUUAAGAUCACUUUGGAGAGGUUCUCUUAUUCUUCUUGCAUCUGUGGUUGAUCUCAGUAUGUUUCCAUCACUUCCACAAGUUCCUAAAAAAUGCCCAAAUGAGACCUUUUUGUAAAAGUUAAUGGAUGAACUAGUGUAUUAUUGUUAUGAAAUACUUUUCUUUUUCCUUAUUUAUUGAAGGAAUUUUUCUCCCCAUCAAAUAAGUCGAUAAUAAUAAGAGGAUUAUUGUUUGUAACAGUUUGUUUCACUUGAGACUGCAUAGUAGUUUUUGUACCGAGUCGUUGAGAUUGCAAUUCUAUUGAGACCUUCUUCCUCUCACUAAUUUUCUUCUUGUAUCCUUGAUUCAAACAUGAUAAGUGAUUGAAUUGCCCAAUGUAGAAUG